ACACUCGACGCCGUUGCGUCACUUCCUCCCCACGUGAAACGCUCAGUAGGCUACACAUGUGAGGAGGAUCUGUAUCCACACUCAUUCACAUCAGGCUUCUUCACCUUUACAGACCACUAGAUUACAUAUUGUCCUCUUAUGAUUAUCGAGAGCAGGAGUAUGGAUUCAGCAGAGGAAGAGGAGUCGCUGCUCGGACAGGAGUCAGAGGAUGAGAACAGUGAACUAUCAGACGAUGCGCUUCAAGAAGCCUUUGCCAAGGGGUUGUUGAAACCAGGGAUGAACGUUCUGGUGAAUAAACCCAAACAGUUUGUCAACAAUGUGGAGGGUUUGAAACAGUGCCUCGCUGGCUUCCGUAAAGACCUUCCCUGGGUGGAGAGGUUGGAUAUGACCAACCUGCCUGCUGAAGACGUUAUCGCCAAAACUGAAGGGAAAGUCCCAAGUGUGAAAACUGGAGAUGUCAAGGCAGAGGAUGAUUUCCAGAGAGAGAUGUUCUUCUACCGCCAAGCUCAAGCUACAGUUCUGGAUGCAUUGCCUCUCCUGAGCAAGCACGGCAUCGCCACCAAGAGGCCCGACGAUUACUUCGCAGAGAUGGCCAAGUCCGAUCAGCAGAUGCAGAAGAUCAGGAAAAAGCUGAUCUCAAAGACGCUGAUGCUGGAGAAGUCUGAGAAGGCCAAGAAAAUACGCGAUCAAAGGAAGUUUGGCAAAAAGGUCCAAGUAGAAGUGAUUCAGAAGAGGCAGAAAGAGAAGAAGGCUAUGAUGACCGCUGUAAAGAAAUACCAGAAAGGAAUGACCGACAAAUUGGACUUCUUGGAUGGAGACCAGAAGAAGGGUAAAGACUCUUCUCAGGGCCCCAACAAAGCGGCGGCCAACAAAGCGGCGGCCAAGAAAGGACCAAAUGCCAAGAGGAAAUACAAGGAUAACAGGUUUGGCUUCGGAGGCAAGAAGAGCGGAAAGAAGUGGAACACCAAAGAGAGCCACAACGACGUUUCCAGUUUCCGCGCCAGAGUGGCUAACGCAAAGGGCAGCAAGGGAGGGAAGAAAGCAGGCAACCAGAAUAAACGCCCGGGCAAGUCUGUGCGCAAGAAGAUCAAGUCUCGCUCUUAAAAAACUGACCGAGGCUGGUCAAUAGGCUGGACUUGGACCUUGUUUCUAGGCAGGAUUUCCCUCACCUGCUCCCCAGUCUCUCCCCCAUAUACAUCAGGAGACAUUUAGGAGAACGUGGGCUUUUCUUCUACACUUUCUGUACAACUUGCCUUCCAUAAAAUGUGUCUGGAUAGAUAUGGAGGACCCUUCAAGCCACAGAGAGAGAAAGACGUCCUGACAUGUUGCUAAGGAAGCUUUUUGAAGGACAUGACUGGUGAAGAAACAAUCUCCCUUUGCUGAAAUGGUAAACCAGAGAGUGGACUACAUAGAGCUACCCACACCACUUAUCUGUUCUCCAAAAAGAGAAAUAAUUUGAAUGUUAAGAAAAUGUCUUUUCCUCUAGUUGUUAUAGACCAAUAUAUAUUUAUCUAUGGAAUAAUAAACUCUCCACGUGCCCGUUUGAUAAGGUGGUUUUAAAAAACACUUCCUUUGAUUACACCUCAAGUCUACUUCAGCCUCCUUGCCGUCUAAUUUACACUGUGUACUCUUCUUUAUUAUUUUUCUAUCUCAGCUCCUUGACUCAUUGAUUCUCUCCCAUGUGACAUGACAUUUUAUAAUAUUGAGCAGCUGUUAGUUUUGCCCUUUCCUAUUCAUUAAUAUGAUUAGUAUGUGAUGGGUAAGUGUGCUUUGCAUAGACCUGUGCAAGUGUUGGCCCUGCAAGUGUAAGAAAUGUUUUCUUAGCUCGCUAAGAUGGAAAUGCAAAAAAAGGCCAGCGAUGACGUUUGUAUGAUAAACAAAUAAAUCUGAACAUAGGUUUGAAA